AUGAAUGCUAAGAAAGGAGAGGAUGGACAGGAAAAGGAAGAGCAAGAAAAAGUAAUCCGAGCUGAUAUUUGUUCCGCAAUCCGGAAUGGCUUGAUAGAAAUGAUGAUCAAUUCUGCUAAGAAGCAACUGUCUAUCAAUGCCCCAUCUGCUGAUUUCAAAAUCCGAAUUAAAGCAGAAUUUCGUGGUGAAAAAUUUUGUUUUGAAAUGGAUCGACCGUUAGUGUUUGAUGAAUUACAAGUACAUCUAAAUUCAAGAUGUAACCUGAAAUUGAAUAUUUACUACACUUUGCGUAAUCAUGAACUGAUUGUACCGAUACGAAAUCAAUUGGAGUUAGAUCGUGCAGUAGAAUUAGUUGAUCUAGAUCGUACGUCACAUCAACGAAGUUUGCGUCUGCUACUGUCCCGAUACCAACCGGAUAGUCGAUUGUCAACACGGCUCGCAUGCUCACUGAUUCCGGAUGCAUCUGGAACAUUCUCAGUACAAUCGAAAAUUAUUGAGAUUCCGUAUUGGGAAUGUCGGUCAUCCUGCGCCAGUACAAGUACCGGAAUGAUAAGUAGUUCUAGGCAAAAUGGUAGCAGUGUUAGUAGUGGUGUGGUACUUGCUGAUUUCGAUGAACACUGUCAAAAGGAUACGAGCACACCAUCUGCACCAACUAACUGGAAACAAGGCAAAUGCAUUGGUUCCGGAGCAUUCGGCAAAGUUUAUGUAUGCGUUGAUGUGGAUACUGGAAAAGAAGUGGCUCUGAAGAGAUUUAAUAUUUGUCGUGGUGACAAACAUUUAAAGAAUCAUAUAAUCCAGCUGGGAAAUGAAAUUAAUUUGUUAAGUACCAUACAACAUGGCCGAAUUGUCCAGUAUCUUGGUGCACAGCAAAUCGAUGAUUCCAUUUGUAUAUUUAUUGAAUAUAUGACCGGUGGAUCGGUAAAAGAUUGCAUUGCUACUUAUGGACCGUUGAGUAGUGCGGUUGCAGGCAAAUAUACUUAUCAAGUAUUACAAGGUUUGGAGUACUUGCACAGGAAUGAAAUCAUUCACCGGGAUAUUAAACCAGCCAAUAUUUUACGCGAUUCUAAUGGUAAUGUAAAAAUAGGUGACUUUGGUUCAGCGAAACGAUUGCAAACAAUAUGCAGUCAACAAGCUUCGACAUUCAUUGGUACACCGAAUUAUAUGGCACCAGAAGUAGUACUUGGACGUACAAAGCAUGGACGUAAAGCGGAUAUUUGGAGUGUUGGUUGUACCCUAGUCGAAAUGUUAACGACGAAACCACCAUGGGAUGAUCUUGAGCCAAUGGCUAUCAUUUUCAACAUUGCCCACCAUAAUCCCAGUUAUGAACUACCGUUAGAAGCCGACCCUGCUUUAGCUUACCUUGUAAGUACGAUAUUUGAACGUAACGUAGAGAAACGACCCAGUGCAUCACAACUGCUCAACAAUAUUGCUUUCCAGAGAUUUCUGAAUACUUCCUAA